AUGAUCCCUACCGCAUGUAGGGGUCAUCACAAAUGUGUCGGCAUCAUCUGCAUCACGCAGGUGGGGAACCCUGCAGUUCGGCAACCUCCAAGAAGGUUCCAUUCUCGAUUGGAUGUUUUCGUUGUUGCGAACCUGCUGGUUGGCAGGAAAAGUUGGAGCAGAUGGAAUGUGCAGGCCCGCCACCACCGGGGGUGCGGCGCAACGUCAUGGCGUGGUUUGAUGCGAUUGCACGGUCGUGCCAAGAAGCACCUUGGUUGUGCAGGUGUUGUGCUCCUCAUUCUCGUCGUCGGCGUUCGAACGCCGCUCAACAUGACGGCCAUUGUGGAAUCCAUGCCACGCCUGACGCAGAAGGGCCCGUCUUGCGGAUCGACGUGUUUGGCAAUGUCCCUCGAGUUUCUUGGCCUGCCAUGUGACCCAGACAUCAUCGAGCGGCGAAUUCAUCCAUAUGGUGAUGUGGAUUUAGGCGAACUCCCUGCGGGAUUAGCAAAAUUCGCCCGGCAUGUGGGCUUCGUUGCUCAGCACUACAACUUCGGGACGCUGGAGCAGCUCCAACAGUAUCGUGCAAUGGGUUACGCUGUGAUCGUGAUGCUGAACUACAACGGUGGGACCGGCCACUUAGUCAACCUUCUGGGUUUCGAUGCCGAUGAGGAGGGGAUCACUGGAGUUCGGAUUCGCAAUCCGUGGGGGUUUGACGAAACCAUCCCGGUCGAUCGUUUCUUGAAUGAGUGGCGCCAUUUGCGGCAAAGCAGAAGCUCCACUGUGGGAUACAUGUUGCCUGUUUUCGAUGCCGGCUAUGCAGUGGUGGCAUCCAGUGGUAGUUUGUCCGCGACUCCGAUUGUGGAUUGGCUCCACUCGGCUCCCGUGGAUGUUCUCAUCGCAUCUUUGAACGGCGUGGGGGGCAGCAUAACGACAAUGCGUCGUCAUUGGCUCCCAGGUUUCAGCCAGUUCUUCGGCAAUUUUCUUGGUGUUUUGGGUGGAGCGGGAGCCUACGCAGUCGGCAACCUUAUCGGUUUGAAUAUUCUCUUCGUGGGUGAUGAUUGGCUGCUUUCGAAAAAGAACAGCCUUGUUGGCCGCAUGCUCGUCGCGGUGGGCUGGUCCUUCUCGGUGGCGGGUGGCCUCCUGGCUGCUGCUGUAUGGCUUCUUCGGCAACCUAUGAUUUUUCUGGGUGAAAGGUGUGCAGGCCGCGAUGCACUUUCCGAAGCCAUAAUCGGUGCGAGUUCGCAGAGUCUGCGCAGUGCACUGGCCCGGGCGGGAGCAGAGCAGCUCGCGUGCCAGAUUCACCUGCUCCGAAGUGGCCAUGGGGACGCAGAGUGGCGUGCCGCUAGUCGUUUGCUGGAGUUGGCACCCGGCAGCCCCGACAGACUGGAGUCCAGUCGUGAGGGAGCGCGUGUGGACGGCUGGCGCGCGGAAAAUGGCAGCAACCUUUCGCAAGGAAUGCGAGGAGAAAGAGCUUUCGCCAGUUGGCGUGAGAUCAAUCGUGGGCGUAUAGGUCAGGAAGUGGAAGGUUGGCCUUGCUCCGCCGCUGCUAAGCGCCAGAGUGGCCAUCCCAAGGUGCCCAACCAAGAGCUGCGGAAGGUGCUGGGCAAGAGCGGCAUCGGUUCUUCCAGUUUCUCUGGAGGCAGAUGCGAGGACUCGCCGGAGGGAGAUCUCGAGUGGCGAUUGGCGAGGGCGCGUGGGCUGUUGCGAGCGGCUCUGGUGCGAGAGGAUGCGAUGUUUGCUGACGAGGCACUGGGUGUGCUGGGCCGGCUUCAGCAUCAUCGCGGGCUGACACUCUCCGAGGUGGAGCUUGAUAGCUUUGCCAAGCCAGUGCUGCAGCGCGCGCUGCGCUGGUCUUGUCCUUCCGACGAUGAGGCUGCCGAGGAGCUGGUGUCACAAAGGAGGUCUUCAGCGGGAUGUGGUACGUCUCCGGACAGAUCUCCUUUGUCCCGACUCGCAACCGAACUCAUCCCGAAGUGGCUGGAGGAGGCGCAGCGGAGCGAGCCGCGAGCAGAUAGGCUGAAGCAAGCCGCCGAAUGCUGGGCCUCGCUGGAUCAGGGCCCCUCAGUGGAUGUCGAGGGCACCGUGCUGCUGCUCUCCGUCUGCAUGGAGGUUUGUGACCGGCAGUGCCUUCGACGGAGCUUGGACCUGCUUCAGGAUGCAGGCGUGGAUCUUCGCCUUGCCUUGCAGCCGGCGUUUCUUCGCCGACUGGAGGAGCUGGGACUUUUUCAGCAAAGCCUGCCGAAUCGAAUGGCAGAUCUAGUUCAGGAGGCUGCCGGCCUUGCCACGCAUGGUGAGGCUGGCGGAGUUUUCUUUCGUCGGCAUGGAGCUUUGCUGAUAGACCGGGGAGAAGGUGAGGCUCAAAUCCUUGCGCGGGGAUUCAAUCACUUCGCCCUGCCACUUGGACCUCGUGGUCCUGAUCCAGAGCACGGGUCCGUCAACUCGGACCUCGCCCCAUCCCCCAUCGGAAGGAGAGGGAAAGCAAGAAGAGGGGCCGCAUGGUUUGGUGGACGAUGCCGGACCUUCGACAGUUUCGAACAGGCCCGAUCCGCGGGACUUUCGUGGAAGCGCAGCAAGCCCCGCACCGCACAGCGCCACGCUGAGGUUCACUGCCUCUUGCAGGUGCCUGAGCUCCUGUCCUUGUCAUCCUUGCAGGCCGAGAUGCUCGUGGUGGAACUGGCUGACAUCGGCCCCGGCUUCAACUGGGCUGAGCCUUGCUCCAGAGGAUGCAUGCAGCUGCUGAUGAAGUAUGGCAUUCAGACAGCCACCUGGACCGAUGGAAAGGGAAACGUCAGAUCUCGUCCGCUGCGUCACGAGCCGGAUCUGGAUGUUGCUGCAAAGACCUAUGCGGGAAUCUCCAGGCUCUCUUGCGAUGCGAUCUCGGAGAGGGCAUGCACGGAUGUGGCGGAGAAGUUGCAGCGGGAGGAGCUGGGCCUGUCGCCCUGGGGAUUGGAAGAGCUCGUGGAGCAGGGCGCCGAGGCAGCUGAAGAAGCCCGGAGGCGCGAGCCGCUGAACCUGCGUGGGCAAGUCUUCCCACUGCCGCCCCGCAAGCGCAGCACAGAGUACUCGGCAUCGCUUCGGCAGAUGCGUGCACAUUCAGGAAAGCGUGCAGGCAUUCAGCGAUGUUUUCUGAUAGUCUUGAUGCCGACUGCGUUGAUGAAUUGCCUUGGCUGGUUUGGCAUGUGCUGA